AUGCAGGCGGUGGUCAACCUCGUUCAGAUUACCAGCCAGUUCUCUGAAGCCGAAGGGUCGUCUCCGAGAUUGGAUCUCACCGUCCGCAAGGAAUUGGAUGCCCUCGCUGGGUGGAUUGACCGCUGCCCGAAGACCUUGGAUGAGUGGGGUGCUGCUUUUCAACAGGCCCGUGACGGGCGGGACCAAAACGCCAACGCGAGUGGGGACCAGUGGCAGACGGAUGCGACGGCGGGACCGGCCCGCAAGAUGCACCGCCCCACGAGAUUGAAGGCCAACGGGCUGCCAGCAGGGUCAAUUUUCAUCGACGUGCCUAUCGGUUUCGUGCAGCGGAACCCUAGCAUCGAUCUCGCGUCGCAUGUUGACGACGACGCACCCUCCGCGCAUGGCGCGGAGGCUGAGGUCAUCCAGGCCCUUGAGAGAGCGGCGCAGGAUUUGCACAGAGCUUUCACCCAGGAGCUUGGGGUGAAUUUGUCCCACGAUGAGCUGAUUGCGCGCCGCGUUCUCGGCAGGUAUUGGAGGGCUCGCCUGAUGGAAAAGUUCAGCAUUGGAGAGAUCUACACGGCGGGGGCCAAUCCUGGUCUGAGCUUCGGUGACGCGAUAGUCGGCAUGAGUGACGCCGGAUUAAAGCGAGUGAUCGAGCAGGCCACCAGCCGGCACAACUGGGAGAGCUGGCUGCGGGGCAACAGGUGUGCCAAGUGGGCCCUCGACAGUGGACAUGAGCAAGCGAGCGCGCAGGUUAGUGAUGAGAAGUUGCCGUUCGUGUUCUGCAUGCAUGACUUGCGGGAGCUGCUCAUAAGAGAAGGCGCCGCUGAGGGGCUUCCGCAGUCUGGAGCAGCACCGGGGGCGCCCAACCCACCCGCACGGGUGCUGCGCUCGGCCUUGCCCUACGGGCUGACGCGUCCUGGAGCGCCGCCCGUGCUCGUGAUGUUUAUGUUGGCGCAGUUCAUCCUGCGCCUCCUGGUGGAGUCGGUCGUGCUCCUGCGGUCCGUGAGGCGCCUCACGUUGAAGGCGAACGCUAUGAAGGUGUUCGCCAGGCUGCUGCCGAAUCUGCCGCCGUUGCCACACGCGGUGGUGCUCGAUGACUUUGCCAUGAUCACGAUGACCGUGUUGCUGUUCGGCGUGCGCGCUUCUCGGAAUUCCCUUGACAUGGUGGUCUUGUUCACCGCCAUGUGGGCGGAGUGCCGCUACGUGGACAGGGGCCAGUCCCUCAGGGACAGCCGCCUCGAGCGGUGCAGGCGAGCCGUGCGCGGCCUGUCGGCGGCGAUGCGGCUGCAGGAAUCGGUCCAGGAACCCACGGUGUCGUUGUUGGCGCGGUACACGCAGCGCGUCGGCAGGGUCCCGGUCAAGCCGCAGCCUGCAGAGAUGGUGGACGCAGAGCCGUGCGACCCGCACCAGAAGCCGAGCGACACCGACUCGAGGAAUUGGCCAGACACCGACAGCGAGUACGGCGACUACACCGCUAGCAUCACCACAUGCAUGGUGUGCAACAUACCGGCUGAGUGCAGCGUGGGCGAGCUGGUGCAGGAGCUUGACAGGUAUGGCUUCAAGGGCAAGUUCGACUUUUGCUAUAUGCCAUGCGACUUCGUCUCUGGCAAGAGCAAGGGGUACGCCUUCGUGAAUUUCGAGUCGUGCACCGCCGCGUCGUGCUUCCAGAGCACUUGGCAUGGGAGCCAGCGCUUUCCGAGCCGUCCCUGCAGCCGCACCCUGAAGGUGACGCCGGCGCACAUCCAGGGCAGGGCGGCCAACAUGGCCAUGGUGUCGCAGACCAUGGGGUCGAUCCGCAACCCAAGCUUCCGCCGGCACCCGGCCGCCGGGCCUGUUCCACUCGGCGCCCGCAGGGGCGCCGCCGCCGGUCCCGCAGCCGGCGCCCGCGAGGACGCCGCCGAGGCGGCCGCAUGGCAUCCUCCACGCGGCCAGCAGGCGCCCGCGGUCUGGCCGGCGGUGCGCGGGGGCUGCUGCCCGCAGUGCCAGGCGGCCAGCGCUGCGGGGCCCCGCGCGGCACAGCACCAGCGCCUGGCCGCGGAGCGCCUGGCCACGCGGCCGGGGGCGCCGCGGGCGUGGGCGCCCUCGGGGCCGGCCGCGGGGGCACGCCGCGAGCGGCGCCGCUGCGGGCCCGGCGGCCGCCAGGGCACGGGCGACCUGGCGGUGGCACCCGCGCGCCACGGCAACGGUGCUCCGAACAAGUGUGAUAUAAAGUAA